AUGGACGCCAAGUGGUUCUGGGAGAACGAAGAAGACCCGGCGUAUGCUGCCGACACUGGGUUCUUUGCGGACUUUCGACCAAAUGAUGCAAACCGAACGUGCUCCAGUGAUAAGCACGCAACUCCUUUUGACAAGCAAGUGCGUGGUGCCAAUCUCGGUGGUUGGCUAGUGCUUGAGCCUUGGAUCACACCUUCUAUCUUUUACCAGUUCCUGGGAACGCAACAUCGCUACGGUGAAAAGGCCCCUGAGAAGACUGCAAUGGACAUGCAUUCCUUCUGUACGGCAUUGGAUAAAGAGGAGGCCAACCGGCAGCUUCGCAUUCAUUAUGCAACGUGGGUUAGUGAAGAUGACAUUAAGGAAAUGGCCGAGGCUGGUGUCAACUCCUUGCGCGUUCCUGUCGGUGACUGGAUGUUCAAACCCUAUGAACCCUAUGUCGGUUGCACCGAUGGCGCUUUGGAGGAACUUGAUCGCGUUGCUGACUUGGCUGACAAGUACAACAUUGAUCUAUUGCUGGACAUUCAUGGCCUUGUGGGCUCACAGAAUGGUUUCGACAAUAGCGGGAAGACGUCUACUAUCAAGUGGACGUCUACUAUGAAUACACAGCCCAUUGGCACCACUAUGUUCGAGCAUUGGCCUGUUCGUUCCGCUGAGUGGAUUGGAAGCUUUGACGCCGAAACAGGCUCCUAUACGUCUAUCAACUAUGAGCACCUGAUGCACUCUCUUGACACGGUGGUUGCUAUUGUUCAUCGCUAUGCUUCGCACCCGGCAGUUGUCGGAAUCGAGCCUGCCAACGAACCGUGGGAGCUGACGCCGAUCGAUCUGCUAAAGGAGUACUAUUGGCGAGCAUAUAAGCGCGUAAAGGCCCGUGCCCCUCGCUGGAAGUUUGUCAUCCAUGAUUCUUUCCGCUUUGGAGUGCAAUACUGGUCGCAAUUCAUGGUUGGUUGCCCAGACAUUGCCCUCGAUACUCACAUCUACCAGGCUUGGAUGGCGCCAGGCACGAAAUCCGACUACUAUGCCAACGCUUGUCAGCAAAAGUACACGAUUGCGAAUAUGGAGAGUUCUGUGAUGCCUGUGAUUGUCGGCGAGUGGUCUCUUGGCACAGAUAACUGUGCAAUGUGGCUGAAUGGCUUCAAUGACAACUUGCCUGGGUUUCCAAACACUCAAUGCCGCAUGGUUGAUUGCCCAGUGUACAGCACCUACCUGGGUAAGGAUUUUCCAGGCACACCGCUCGACACGACCAAACCAAUUCAGGGUCCAUAUGGUACGGGUCAGUCGGGACCUGCUUUUGGUAAAUGUCCAGUGACCAGUGAUACUGCCUUCGGUCAAAAGGACGACAUUGAAUUCUCUCGCAAUUUGAAUCUAAAGAAGCUGAAUGCAUUCACACUCGGCCACGGUUGGUACUUUUGGAAUUUCAAGACCGAGUUUGGCUCGCGGUGGAAUUUUCUCGACUUGGUGCGUCAAGGUGUUUUUCCAAAGAACGUGUCGUCAUACCACGAAAGUGACGAGGUAUUUUCCGCCUGUGAAAAAGAAGACCGUGGUGACUUCCUAUGCACUGCCAAGCGAGGCGUACAUGCUGACGACCUUGAACGUGGCUUGGACUAUGCUUGCGGCAGUGAGCAUGUUGAUUGCUCUAAGAUCGGGACCAAGUUCUUGACUCUCGAAGAGCGUGCGGACUGGGCAUUCAACGAAUUCUGGCACGCUCAUCGUCACUCAGGAGCUACUUGUGACUUUGGUGGCGCUGCUCAUUUACUCAGUACGAAUCCGGAUGCUGUUUCUUCGACGUUGGACCAGCGGCAACAGCAGCGUCUCCACCUUGCGAGAUCAUCUUCAUCUUCCUCAAAACUUGCUGUCUGGUGUUUUGUCGGUAUUGCAGUGGGCAUUAUUGUCUUGGUAGCUACUGGAGUCCGCAUUGUGUCGCGCCACGCAAGACGGAAAGAGUAUUCGUCACUUAUGACUGUACAAGUGUAG